AUGAGAGAUCACCGGGAAGGUAGUGGAUCUCCACAUGGUGAUGAUGUAGAAAACAUGGUUGAAGUUGUUGAAGUUAUGGAAGAGAUAUUUGACGAUGAUGAUAUGGAGGAGGUAGAAGAUGAUGAUGAAAUGGAAAGAGAUAUAGAGAAACCCGAAGACCUUGCGGUUUUAGCUUUCGACAAACACAACAACGGUGCAGUGUUUUGCUGCGACUUUCAUCCCAGUGGAAAACUGGCAGUAACAGGUGGUGAAGACGACAAAGCUUACGUUUGGUCUGUAGAAACUGGGGAAGUUGUGAUGGAAUGUACUAAUCAUAAAGAUUCUAUUAUAUUUGUGGGAUUCAGCUUUGAUGGUGCCUAUUUAGCAACUGUUGAUAUGGGUGGACUUGUUCAAGUUUGGAAAUGUAUGUUGGGAGGUAAUGAAAAAGAAUCCUGGCCUGUUGUUUUUGAAUAUGAAACAGGUGAUGUUACAUGGGGCUUGUGGCACUUUGGAGCUAGAGUUGUCAUCUGUGGUACUGAUGCAGGAGAUAUAUUUGUUUUCAAAAUUCCCACUGGGGAAACUAAAGUCUUAAAAGGCCACAACUUAAAAACUGAAUGUGGUAAAAUAUUUCCUGAUGGUGUUCGUCUAGCAGUUGGUUAUACUGAUGGGACUGUUAAAAUAUGGGACCUUAAAACAUGUGCAGUGUUACAUCAAGUUCCUGCUACCGUACAUGAAAACCGUAUCAUAGCUCUUGACAUUCAUCCAGAAAACAGCCUAUUAGCAUCUAUUUCAUCUGAUGGAAAAGUGGUCUUAGUUACUUCAAGCAAUGGUAAAAUUGUUGCACAAAUUAAUACAGAAUUGGACUUGGAAACAGUUUCCUUUUGUCCAGAUCCAAAAUUGGGAAAUAUUGCAUUAGGUACUUUAAAUGGCUCUGUAACGAUAUGGGACACGGCUAGGCAGAUGAUUCGCCAUCACUGCGCUAAAAUAGAUGACGAAUUUGCUGCUGGAGUAACAAGAAUGAUGUGGGUGAACGACCAACUCGUUACUGGGUGUUUGGAUGGAACCAUACGUAUUUAUGAUGCAAGAUCUGGCGAAUUAAAGUUUGGCCUCACAGGACAUUGGUCGGCAAUAAUGGACUUAACAUACAAUAAAAAAGAAAACAUAUUCCUUACCACUUCCGACGACGGCACGGCUAGGAUUUUUAAAUAUCCAGAAAAUACAGAUAAU